AUGAUCUCCAAGAGCAGAGUUGUUUUCAAUCGUGAAGGUCUCCUCAUCGCUGUGAAGAGCAGCGUUUGUGCUGCUCCAUCAUGGUCAGAGCGGGAUUUCAAAGGCAAAGUGAUCUUUGGAGGAGUCGAUUUUCAGCAUCCGUGCGGCGCCCGCAUCCGAGUGAUCACUGGCCACAUGAGAGGUCGGAACCAGGAGCAGCUGGAUGCUUUUGGUGCGUUUGCUGCAGAGGGCACAGCGCAGAUCGAGGUCAUCACCGCUGACUUCAAUGAAGACUUUCAGGAGAGAAGUGCAGGCACUGUCCCUUGCCCGUUUGACGGCAAGCACGUGACUUUGCGCAGGGCACCAGAUCUUCCACAGGUCUCACGGCCAGGAAACAAACAGGCCCAGACACCCGGUCAAGGGCUGAAAAUUGAUUACAUUUGGGUCCGGGAACGUACACAGGAUUUUCAGACUGAACUUUUCUUUGAUGAAGCAUCUCGACGAGCCAUCAUAGACUCCCACAAAGACUGUGAAGCAACGGGGGAGUGGCCUAGUGACCAUGGCUGUGAAGCCCUGAGCAUCCGAUUGCGACGGAAAGCAUGGUGGCAAUUCUGGAAAUGAGAAUCUGCGGAUAUCUGCGGCACUCGUUUCUGAAAAAGAGUGCCUUGC